UUCAGUUUGUAACCGGAAACGGAAGGUUUCACUAGGUUACAUGGCGUUGUUUGCUUGACAACAGCCAUCGAUCUUCCGUUAUAAGAUUGUUGUCAUAUUAUUUUUUCGUAUUGACAAAAAAUGGCAACUGUAAUGCAUGGAAGGCGAAAGGGGAAAGAAAGAGGAACUCCCGAGAUGCCCCUUCCACCUGAUUUCCAAAUGCAGGGUACAAAGAUGGGCCAGGGAGGAAUGAUGCUGCCUGAUGGCACCAGCCUGAGGGACGUUACAAUCUUGUCCAAGAGUGAGUGGAACAGAAUCCAGCAAGAACUAUAUAAGAGACAGAUUGAAGAUGAGAAAAUAAAAAGACUCCGUGAAGAAAAGGAAAAUCGCAAACACAUGUCUAAAGAAAUGGUUAAAAACUGGGGAAAUACAAUUGCUGGCACUCGGACCAGAAAACUGGAGGCCAGAAAACUUCGUGAGCAGAAGGAAGAGGAGGAAAAACGGGCAAUAGAUCUGGAGGAGGCUAAAUUCCAGGCAGAGAAAAGAAAGGACGCCAUUGAAAAAGCCAAGACCCAACAGUAUUACCAGACAGACAGAGUCAAAAACUUCCAUAGUGCGUUGAUGUUGACUGAAGUUCUGAAGGAGAGAGAAGCCCAGAUUGAAUUAAAGAGACUCCAAGAGAAGGCUAGUGAGGGCAAGGAUGCUGAGUGGCUGAAACUGGCCAAGAGGGAGCACGAGAAUGCCAUUCUGCAUGACCAGGAGAAGGCCAAGGAGAGGAUUAAUGCUUCUAAAGACCAUCAGAUGUUCUUGAGUUCACAGAUCCAGGAGCACAUGAAGCUGAGACAGGAAGACGUAGAAGAAGAUCAAAAGGAGGGGGAGGAGCUGAAGAAGCUGGCCGUCCAGUUCCACUUAGAGAAGGAGCGACUGGAGAACAUCAAGAAGGAUGAGAAGUUACAGAUGAAGAAGGACAACGUCACCCAGAUCAAGGAUAGACAGAUGAUCAAGAGUGUCAUUGAGCAGCAGGAGGAGGAGGAAGAUGAGGAGUGUAGAAUCUUUGCCGCUGCCAAACGGAAGAUGAUGAAGUUGAGGGCAGAGAAAGAACAACAGAUCCACGAAGAGAAACAAAGAAACCUGGAGAGAAUCCGCGAGAAGCUUGCGGCCCAACUGAAACAGAAAGUCAGCGAUGAGGAUGAGAGAAUCCGUAAAGCUGUGGAAGAAGCUGAGGAGAAGAGAGCCAAGGAGGAGGCGGAGAAGGAAGCGAAGAUAAGGAAGGACAUGGCAGAGAGUGCUAUACAUAGGAACAAACAGAUAUUAGAGGGUGAACAGAAAAAGAAGGAAGAGCGGAGACAGGAAUUAGAGAUGGUGAGAAUCCGACAGGCGGCUGACGAAAUCUUCCGUCGUAACGAGGAAGAAAAACGGCAAAGGAAGCGGGAAGAUGCUGUGGACCUGAAAAACUUCCAUGGUGAUCAAAUAAACCUGAGAAAACAGAAUGAAGAGCAGGCAAUCCUGGAGAAAUUGGCGUUAGAUAACGCGAACCAGGCCUUGCUGGCAGUGGAGGAAGAACAGUUCCAGGAAUAUGCUGGCCGAGUCAUCGAGCACUGCGAAAAAGGCGGCCGCAAUGUCUACCCACUCCGAAAGGCCGCCAAGAACGGUGCAGGUGGAGGAAAAGGCCCAGUGUUCGAAGGAAAAGGAGGAAUCCGUCCGAGUUACAUGGUGUCCGACAAAUCUGGGAAACAAAUGCCUCAUUAUCAGCGAGACUCCACAGAAGAAACAAAGGAUAGCAUUUAUGGACCAGCCAAGUCUAAAAAGAGGCUAGGAUUUGUGUGGUAGAUGGGAGAAAUCUAAAAGUUUUGUAUUCUAUGAACUUCAAAAAGAUAAAUGAGAUGUGGAUUGAUAUGUAAAUGACAUCAGUGAGAUGUGAAUUGAAAAAAAAAAGUUGCAGUGGAUGUGAACACUGUGUAAUCUAUCAUCGUUUGAUCAAUCUUCAGUUUAAGAAAUGCUAGUAUAUACGGAACACCACACAAAGCUUUGUGGUGUUGUCUCAAGAAAUGUGCAGUUUAUAAUAAGCUGCUACAUGCUGUGGUUAAUGCAUUUGUUAUAAAUACACAUACUUAAAUUUGCUAUUCCCAACAUGCUACCAUAUUUUAAUAGUUGUUUUAUUAAUUUUCCUGUGCAUAAACUUUCAUAGAUUUAUUUGACUAGUUUGUUUAAAUAUGCAAAUUUUUGUAUUACUGUAUUUUUAACUUCAUUGAUCCCUUGAUUUCAUGAUUUUGGAACACACGUACUGUUCAACAAAAAUUGAUGAAACUCCUGGAACAGUACUCGGAGAACUUUUCUAUUAGAUUUCUAAUGUUCGUUAUUUAUACUUCUCAAUAUUAACCUGUUUCUGCUUUACUUCUACGUCGUCAGACAGGAGACCCUUGUCUAUGAUGUUUUGAACACUGUGAUAUUUGUGUGCACAUGAUUGUCUGUACCAGACAUACACAUGCUGAGGUCUGAAUAAAGAUUUGUAUUCAGGAUAGUGGUUGUUGAAUGAAGAAUUAAAAUCUUCUCUGUUCUCUGCAUGUUUACUUAAAAUUCAAUGUUAUAAAUCAAUAAUAUACACAUGUAUUGUAUUCAUAGGUGAAUUUUGAAAAAAAAAUAAAAUAAAACAUUUGUUGAAAAUUUUCAUAAA